GAAUGUGGAUUUGCACCAAAAGACAUUGGAUCCCCAAAAUCUGCGUGACUAUAUUGAUUGCUUUCUUCUUAGAGUGGAGAAGGAGCAGAACUCAACUGAGGGUGUCUACACUCUUGAAGAUCUUGUGUUUGUUGUGUUUGGACUCUUUAUGGCUGGGACCAUAACCACAAGCCAAGCUUUGCUUUGCAGCCUUCUAGCAAUAGCUAAAUUGCCACAUCUUCAAGCUAAAGUGCAACAGGAGAUUGAUGAAGUUGUUGGUAGAAAUCGCACUCCAAGCAUGGAAGACCGAUUGAAAAUGCCUUUCACAAAUUCCUUUGUUCAUGAGGUUCAGCAAUAUCAGAAAGGGACCCUUGAAACCUUCCCACGGGCAACAACUUGUGACACAAAGUUCCAUGGUUACACUAUUCCCAAGUGCACGGCUAUUGUGCCAGUCUUCACCUCUGUACAUUUUGACCCUCUUCAUUGGGAGACUCCAGAGAAAUUUAAUCCCAAUCAUUUUCUGGAUGAAAACGGGCAGUUCAAGAAAAAGGAUGCUUUCAUGCCAUUCUCAGCAGUUAUGGCCGAUACUGAUAAGAAGAAAUGGAAGGCGAUGCGACAGUUCACACGGUCCACCUUGCAAGAUUUUGGGAUGGGGAAGAAAAAAUGUCUGAGGGGAUGCAGGAGGAAGCCCAUUGUCUGGUGGAGGAAAUGGCUACCACAAAAGGGCAGCCUUUUGACCCAAGAAGAAGUUGUGCAAGUGCUGUUUCUAAUGUGAUCUGUGCAGUGAUCU